AUGAAGACAGCAGAGAGUGGUAUUGCCAAGCUCGCUCGAAAUGUCAGGCCUUCCAUUUGCUACGGUUCGUCCCGAGAGCUCGGUGCUCAGUUCGUUCCUGGUCCCAUGGACGUCAUUUGCUCUAGAGGAAAACAAGCCUUGGCUCAUGAAGGGAACAAGGCCUUUAGGCGAAUAAUCGACAGCCACAUCGACGCCUACAAGAAAGCAACAUCAAAGAUGGACAAGAGCGUCAUCGUCACGGCUAUCAUUGAUAAGAUUCGAAAUGCCUCUCCUGAUGGGGGAUUUAUUCGACAGUUGGAUGGGCAAUGGAUUGAAGUUGGGGAUCAUGUGGCCAGAGAGAAAGUGGGACAAACACUGCGUGACAUGAUCUCGCACAAAUACAAAUCCAGCACCAAGUCCAAGAAAGUUCGCCGCAAGGAGCUGCAGGCAAAGCAAAACGACGAUAUUGAUGACUUUAUGAGGGCAAACUGCCCCGAUAUCACUGAACGAGUCAAGCAACUAACUCUAACAGCAAAAACAGAAGAGGAACUUCAGGCUGCCUUCAACCAAGCCAACUGCGAACUGCUGACGGCAUUGAAGAAAGCCAAGGGGGGUGGCAGUCAAGAACUAGCCGCGUUUGCCAAUGCCAUGGAAACAUCCGAUCCCUCAGAAUUGAAACUGAAAUUGCCCGGGCGUGAUUCCCCACAAAGCUGCUGUGCUAGCGUUGCUAGCGAUGCCACCCCAGCAGCGGCUCCUGGACCAAUGUCCCUGGACGAUGCAGUCGAUGACUAUCAUCUUCGAUACUCAAAACUAUAG